CGCCACCCUGCACGUCAAAGCCUCCUUAGCCUGCUACCUGGGCUUGCUUUGAACAAAACAAAGUGAACAAGCCUCGGACCGUCAAAGUUACAGGCUUCAACCAUCAUUUCCGAAUCCCUUACCAAACUAACUUACCUACAUGGUGGAUAGACUAACUGACUCUCACUUGACUUUCCCCGCUCAAUCCUCUUGAGCUACCUGGUUCCGUCCUUCAACAACCUGCACGUCGUAGGCAGUAAGCUGCAACAAUGAAUAGCCUCUACUCCGUCGUCAACACUCUCCGCGACCGAUACGCGCCAGUAUCGCACACGUCCACAUUUCGGCAAACAGGCGAGAUUACACCAGAAGAGUUCGUAGCGGCUGGUGACUACCUUGUCUUCAAGUUCCCGACAUGGAGCUGGGGAGAUGCGGACUCGGAGAGUCGACGCGCAAGCCAUCUGCCGCCCGGGAAGCAGUUUCUCGUCACCCGCAAUGUUCCUUGCAAUCGGCGACUGAAUGAGAAUUUCGCCGGCGAUGCGGGCCUUGAGGAGGCUGUCGUCGACGAUGGUGAUGAGUUCAAGGGCAGUAAGGGCGAUGACGAUGGCUGGCUGCGUACGGGAGGCUUGUCUAGCUCACAACCGCUAAAGGCUCGUGAGGUACGGACUGUUGACGAUGCGGGCAAUGCGGGUGAGCGGGCACAGCCCGAUGACGACGAUGACAUCCCCGAUAUGGAGGAUGAGGAGGACGAUGAGGCCAUCAUUCGCGACACGGAUGCAUCGGGGCAGACGAGCAGCCGUCGGACGUAUACUCUGUACAUCAUGUACUCCCCCUACUACCGGACACCUCGCCUUUAUCUGUCCGGAUAUGGUGCCAACGGACAGCCCCUACCGCCGCAUAACAUGAUGGAGGACAUCAUGGGCGACUACAAAGACAAGACAGUCACUCUUGAGGACUUUCCAUUCUUUGCCAACAAUAUCAAGAUGGCCAGUGUGCACCCCUGCAAACAUGCGCCUGUCAUGAAGACGCUCUUAGACCGGGCAGAUGCCGCACUGAAGCUUAGGAGAGAAAAGCUCAAGGCUGGCGACGCCUCUGGCCAACAAGCGGGUCUGGAAGGAUUGGCCGACGAGUUUAACAAACUUGGCGUUUCUGGAAAAGGAGAUGCGUCAAAGAUAGACAAGAAUGAUGAGUGGGAAGACAUCCAGCACGACGAUGUGGCAGAUCAGGAGGUUGCAAUUCGGGUAGACCAGUAUCUGGUUGUUUUCCUUAAGUUUAUUGCCAGCGUCACCCCGGGUAUUGAACAUGACUUUACUAUGGGCGUGUAGUUGAGACGAUUCCCUACUGAAACCCUCGAGUGGGAUGGAAAUCUUUUUUUUUUUUGUUAUUAUUAUUCCAUUUUCACAGUUGGUUCAUUUCCGGACCCGGUAGUUUGGUGAUUUGGGCAACAGAACUUGUACUGGCGAUCAUUGGAGAAUUUGGAGUUGGUUUGGCUUUCUUGGCGCAACAAGAUGGAUCUAACAUCGAGUGGCAGAAUGCAACACUACGACACUUGCUUAGGUAGAUAUCCAGAGAAAGGUUUUUCAUGGGAGAGCUGCUUACUAUAGACCUCGAAUGAUGAUGAAACUGUUUUAGUCUAGUUAUUCUGCCCCUCCAUCUCUUUAUCCCAGAGCCGAUGUGUAAUGUGCAGACGAAAAUAGCCCGAAAUAUUCUUAAAUCACGCCAAACAAGAGAAACAAAACGCUAGUCUCGUGCCUGGGCUUUGCUAUUCGCUUACAUCUUAUGACCUGCUGACCAUAAGUAUCCGUCUGGUGUAGCAGUCGUUUAGAUACAGAUUAGACCAUCGAUGGUUGGUUGGUUGGCUUGGGUGCUAUUAUUUUUUCCUAUCUCGGGCUAGCAUCCAUCUGGAUCUAAGCAAAACAAAACAAAACAACCCAGGAAAAAUAUUGGGGGGGGGGGGG